CCACUCACCAGUCAGUCUCUGAAAUGUUUCGUGCUAUAUUCCUAAUUCCUGUGCUCUGUCUGAUCCUAGUGGCCACCCAGGAUGAGGUGGUGCCCGACGAUCCGGAAGUGCAGAAGGAAAUGCACGCCAUGUUCUACACGGCUCGAGUGGCCUGUGCGGAUGAGAAUUUGAUUCCGUAUGGUAAGUCACGGUUCUGGUUCAGCUUUGCUCUGUUGAGUCUGAAUCUGUAUUGGGUUAAGGCUCUGCAGGAUCAUGCCAAGGAUAAUGGCGAUGUAUUCAUUAUAAACUACGAUAGCUUCGAUGGUGAUGUGGAUGAUAUAUCCACCACCACACCAGCUCCCAGGGAAGCCGAUUACGUAGAUUUCGAUGAGGUCAAUCGCAACUGCAAUGCCAGUUUUAUAACUCCAAUGCCCAAUGUCCUGCAGUUUAAUAUCACAGGUGAGCUGCCGGACGACAAGGAUAAAACCAGCAUGUGCUAUUUCAACUGCUUCUUUGAAAAGUCGGGUUUGAUGAAGGACUACAAGCUGAACAAGGAUCUGGUGCGCAAGUACGUGUGGCCAGCCACCGGUGACUCCAUUCAGGUUUGCGAGGACGAAGGCAAGGAAGAAUUGAAUGCUUGCGAACGGGGCUAUGCCAUCGUCAAGUGUGUCUUCGUCAGAGCCCUCACGGAUGCCAGGAACAAGCCCACCGUCUAAGAACUCCAACAAAGCACAACUAUUAACCAUUUCGGUAGAAAAUUACAAGUAUAAUUAAAUAUUGCUAUGCACAGAGCUUGCACCCACUA